CUUUAGUCGGAGUAAUCCUUUUACUCGAGCUAAAAUGGCUCAGAUUUGCAAGCUUGAGAGCCAAACAGAGAUAAAAUCCUCUCCAGAUAGGUUAUUUGACAUUUACAAGAAUAAGAUCAAUCUCAUGCCAAAGAUCUGCCCCAGCAAAAUACAAAGCAUUCAAGUACUUGAAGGGGAUGGAAGGAGUGAGGGCUCUGUCAGGCUUUGGACUUAUAUUCUCGGUGGUACUCCAGUGAUAGCGAAGGACAAGAUCUACGCCAUGGAUGAGGAAAACAAAUUGAUCACAUUUGAUCUCAUAGGAGGAGAGAUCACAAAAUACUAUAACAAUUUUAAGGCCACUCUUCAAGCUACUCCAAAUUUGGCGAAGUGGACUCUUGGAUAUGAGAAGGCAAAUGAAGAUAUCCCUACUCCACAUUCUAAUAUUGACUUUCUUAAAAGCAUUACUAGAGAGGUGGAUGAUUACCUUCUCAAAGUACAAAAACAUGACAUCUAGUCGUGUCACUAAUGUACUAAAACCUACUAUUGACUCCUUUCCAGCUUCAUGUAGCUUUUAUAAUU